CGGCCGCCGGAUAGUUCAGCGCAAACUUUCUAAAAAUGAUAAAGAUCUACUAUCUCUCCACAUGAUUAACGCUGAUAAUAAGGAAACCUCUCACUGCCCGAUAACCAAAUGACCAGCAGUUCCCCCGGAAGUGUCCAUAAGAGGCGCACAGACCGCAUUGCUGCUCUAAGGCUGCACACCACCACCACCACCAUCACCAGCACCUCCUUCCCACUAAAAACAUGCACGACCACGCCCCCAGAGGCACGCGCACAAGCGCAAGCUGAGACACACCUCCUCCUCCAUCACACAAACACGCUCACAAACACACACACGCACACACACACACGCUUACAAAGCCACAGGCGAGAGGGGGAGCAUCGCCGAGAGAUGCAGAAAACAUCACGGAGGACGAGCCUUCGCCUCCGGGAGACUUGAGGCAGGUGCUGCGGGGCUGGAGCUGCGGCGCACGGAGGGAAGGCUGCCUCCUCCUCCUCCUCCUCUUCCUCACCAUGUCCGCUGCAUCCGAGCAACUCUCCGACGAGACGCCUUCGUUUCCCGAUCGGGGUGCGUUACUUCAUUCCUUUCGCCCCCCAAAUCGUGUCGUCCCUGGCUCAAAGGCACCGGGUCAGCCAACAGAGGAUGGAGGGCCGUUGUGUUGAUCCUAUAUCACACUAACUGGAGAGGAUCGGAGUUCAUUUAAGAUGACACGAACACAUCCUCCUGAUAUACUGGUAUCAACUCUAUAUCCGGACAUUGCACUUAACCCUAUAUCUGACUACUCAGUUUCUCUUCAUUCCUCGAAGCAAUGUGACUUGAAAAUGAUUGAUAAAUCAGAGAUCAUCAACAAAAGACACUGCCGUAGUUUUGACUUCAUUGAGUCACUGGAUGAUCCACAGUCCUUCUCUUCCUCAAUGGAGUACCCUUACAAAAGAUCUGAGAAUCAGACUUUAAACAAAGAUCUCUGGAAUGGAAUAGAUCAGCCAGGACAUCUUCGCUUUUCAUCUCCUGAUCUUUUUAACACAAAGCAGUUCCAGCAGCAUUCUACCCAUGACAAAACCAGCUAUCUUACAUGGUCAGAUUCCAAAAAGAGAUCAAGAUCUAAAAGUGCUCCCAGAAUCAAGGCUACCCUUACACCUGUGCCCAUCUCUGUAUCUCCACAAGGGGCAAGGAAGGGGCGGGAUGGACCUCAUGCUUCGUCAGAUACCUUGAGAGCCCCUGAAAUUCAACGAGAUUCCUCAAACAGGGCAUUCUUGAAUGAAGUGCACCCAAUAAAGCUACAGCCUCACUCUCCACUUUUUGUCUCAGACUGUUUUGAAGAGGAAAAGCCAGACAAAUCUACUGUAACUCCUCAUGUUAGGUGUCGUGUGGACAUUAAGCCAGAUGCUUCUGUACUGCAGCACACUUCAAGGCAGUUUUCCAAUGUGCAAAAUGAACAUCCUUGGCAAAGGUACUCACAGGCUAGUAGUAGGGGAGGUUUGUAUGUGCCAAGGCAGAUUGUCUCUUCCCCAACACCAACUCCAAGUGAAUGCUACAGUGGAGAUUUUAGACCAGGAUAUUACUACACCACCAGCAUGUCCCCUGUUUCUUACCAGCAUCUAGACACGCACAGAAUGUCAUCACCAAUAGCACCAUAUCUGAGUCAGGAACAAAGAGCUUACUCAAAUCCAAACAUACCAACCAAGUUUUUCUACACAGAGGAUGCUGUUCGUUACCCUGUACAUCCAUAUUCAAGGACAUAUUUUCAGGAUGAUCGGUCUAGUCUAACAAGUUUUGGUAGUACAAUGACUAGUCAAUAUGAUCCAAGGACUCGAUGGGUGCACACACUUCCUGUGAGGUCUUAUUACACAGACCACCUAACCAACAGGGAACCAGCACACUCUGUAUACAGCAGGCCAUACUCCACAAGUGAGGCAGGGUCGUACUUUUCUCAAACUCCCCUUUCUACAGCAUACUAUGGAGAAGACAAUCGUUUCAAUCCAUACCAUACAGAUAACUCAAGGAUGUUUUAUUCCAAACCAGUCAGCACUCCAGAAGAACAGUAUUUUCCAUCCAGAUCAUAUCAUACAGAGGGUCGCAGACGCCCUCAAAUGUCCCAGGCCUUUUCAGACGACUGGUAUCGUUCAAGUAUUUCUGGUUACUCUAACCAGUCCUCUCAGAUCACACCACCAAGAGUCAGACAUGACCCUAGUAUACCCCCGUGGUUUACUAACAACUGUACAGACGCAAAUCGGUUAGGAAUGGAUGUAAAAAACCAUUCUAAGUCUUGGGACAACAUUCUCUACCCUCGACAUGACAGAGAGAAAGCAGUGCCACGUGGAAGAAGUUAUGAGAACCUAUUUUAUCAAGCAAGGCCUGGAGCAUCCUCUGAUAUUAAAUCAAAACCUGUUAUACUUAACCUUUCGAGUUCACCAAGGCGCUAUGCUGCUCUUUCUCUCUCAGAAACCUCUUUGGAGAAGGGUUACAGUAAUCCAUGGAGGAAUAACAAGAGUGGGAAUUGGUUUGUUACUCCGGAGAUCACAAUAACAGACAAUGAUUUAUCUUCAGGAAACAGCAGGAGACGUGAUGUACACUCUGUUAGCUGGAAUACAUUGGACCUUGAGAAGACCUCACCUCCAAGAGUUUUGGAUCAAAAGCAGCCCUCUAACAUAACGGACAUUAGCAAAGACAGGAAACACAACAAUUUUUCUCUCCAGCAAAGUCUAGAGCAACUAGAUGAACUCUUGGCUGAUUUAGUUGUUGAUUACAAACCACCAACCGGCAGAAAGACAAGUGAAAAUCUUUUAGACCAGUUAAAACAACUGAUCACUGAAGACGACAACAAAGAACAAGGUUCCUCUGGAGUAGAAAACUUAGGAAGUCCGAACACACAGCUCCCAUCCUCAAAAUCCAGCCCAGACACAGCCAAAGACCCUGAUAGUGGGUGUGAUGCUUUACAAAGGAGUGUGGAAGAAUGCUCGCCAGACCACAGCACAGAUGAAGAUGACACCAUGGUGUGUGCUAACAAAAAGUGCAACCGGAUUGAAAGUAUGUUUAAUGCUUGCUUGUACUUCAAGUCAUGUCAUAGUUGCUACACGUUUUACUGCUCACGAAACUGUCGCAGGGAUGACUGGGAGAUCCAUAAAGAGACAUGCCUGUAUGGCCAUGUAAGUAGUGUAUGUCGGCACACUCUUAAGUUCUGCAGGGAGAACUCAGAGAUCCAUAAAGCCUUCUCGCGCAUUGCUAAAGCUGGCUUCCUCUCAAGAGGGAGAGGCGUUCUUUUCCUUGGCUUCGCCAAUCCAGAGACAGCUGACAAUUUUCUGCAAGUUGGGCUUGAAAGCCUGCUUAUUUCGCCAACAUAUUUGUCUCUCAGAGAGCUGGAUGGCUUCAAGGACAACCUAGGUGAAUACUGCAAGGAACUGCAGCACGCAGGCAAUGAGUAUGACCCAAAUGAAUGUUUCCUUUUGAAUGUAUCCAUAGCCGUUGGUGAGCUAGUGCCUAACAGACCUUCACCAAGGGUCCAAAAUCCGACAGUUCGAAAAUAUGCAAAGGUGUCCUUGGCUUCUUCAAGUCCAGACAAAAAAGUACUGAAAAAGGAUAGUGAGAUGGAAACUCUGAUCCUCACUCCCCCUCCAGGCACACCAGACAUUGACAAGGAAGGGGAAGAGGGCAGAAAAGCCAGAGAGGUGUGCUUUGUCAAUAUCCAGCGUGAACUCAGGACCAGGGGAGUCUUCCUUCGUCAUGAGUACCCCAAAAUCUAUAAUCAGCUUUGUGAGUUCGUAGAGAGCAACAAAAGGUUCACUCCCACCACAAUUUAUCCAAUAGAUAAGAGAACAGGGAAACAGUUUAUGUGCAUGAUCAUGGCUGCAUCGGAGCCAAGAACACUAGACUGGCUGGGCACCCCUCAUCUCUUGGAUGAUAUCAUAUAGCAUAACACAAAAUAGACAAUGAUAUGAUAAUGAUGUCAGCUUCUUGUUGUACUUAUUGUAAAUACAGAGUUUGAUUUAGCAGAUUGAAAAUUGAUUUAGUGUGUACAAAUGUGACUAAUCUUUCUCUUUUGUCUCCUUUUUUCGCACACAUAACUUUUCAAAGAAGACAUACUUUUGGAGGUUUACCUGUUUAGCAGAUUUUGCUUCUGUUGCACCCAGCCUGCAUGCAGAUGAGGCAGAAUUCCAAUGAUCUGGGUGUUAAAGAUGUAGAAAGAUCAUAUAUGAAGCACACAAUAUUCAGGGAGUGCACAUGUAAUUGCCUCCACACCGUAGUUGGCACAGCUGAAUGACAUAGUGGUAACCUAUUUUUAAUUUCUCCAUUGAAUGUUAUACAAGAACACUAUAUCUCAUGUUGCAGUGGUUGUAGAAUUACAACUGUUAAGUAUUUUAACCUUAUUUCCUUGGUAUGCUGUAGUUGUGUAGAUAUUCUUUAACUAUUACUUUAUUGGUAAUUCGUUCAUAGACAGAGAUGUACAAUCAAACCAUGUGUUUGUUUUCCUACUUCAUUAAGGAUUUUUGUUGGAGCUUAUCUCAUCUUGUGAAAAGGCUUGAUGUCAAUCUUGUCUAAAUUGCUUUGUUUGAAAGUGGCCUUUAUUUGAAAACAAACAACUGCAUUUGACACAAAGCAAUGUAUGGAAGUAGCUAUUUCUAAAGGCUUGACAGAACUAGACUAAAGGUUGUUUGAAUUACUAUUGUAAAUAGACAAUUAUUUUGCCCAAAGCAUGUUAUUUAUAUUCAGGUAUUUUAAUAUUGCUACUGCUUAUAAGUAAAUGUAUGAUGUUAAUGAGAUAUCACUUGAUGCUUAGAAAUGUAAGAGGUACAAUAUAUCAUACAUUAUAUGAGGAAUUUUAGAAACGCCCUGACCUAGAGACCUUAUUGAAACUAAUGCCACAGUAUGUUCUUAAUUAAACCAUAUGCAAUGAAAGAGCAACCUUAACAUCUAUAUUGUGAAAUUCUAUUUUGCUAAAGAUAUGGAGCAAUUUCUGUCCAUUGAGAGCUGCAAAGACUUGCACUAAAACAAAAACUAUAAAACAAAAAUGUUCCUAACAUAGCUGCAGCACUGAUCUCAGACAUACCUGCUUGUACUACCAUUGUUCAUUAAUCUAAGGUUGCCCUUUUACUUGGUCAUACAUAUAUCUUUGUGCAAGACUUUCAUGAAGUUUAUAUUUUGUGAUGUUUAUAACCUCUAUAUAAAUAUGAAAUAAAUGGAAUUUAACAAGUGA